AUGGCGCCAUCGGCUCUAGGACCUUCGUUGCCUGACAUCGACUCGCCGGUGAGGAAGUCGCUCGACCCAGUUGGCACUCCGCGGCGCAGCGGCUCCAUGGCAAGCACGACAAACACCAUGUACUCGCUCUCAAAUCCCGGCGGCAGUCGCACUGCUAGUCGCAUGUCCGCGCACAUGCCCAGCGACAAUGGCAGCGCGGCCAGCGCGGCCAAUUUGUGGGCGCGCUACACUCAGAUCAAGGACAUGGACGUAGCGAAGAACAUGCUCCUGGAGGAAGUGAUUACUCGUUAUGCAUAUCUGCAGCAACUUCACAACAACUACUUGCAGGCCACCGAGCAGCAACUCGCGGAGAGCAACGUCAAUGAGCUCCGCAGAGUCAAAGAGAUGAACUCGGAAUUGUUCGCGAUGCUGGAGGCUGAUCCUUUUGUCCUGGUUCUCAUCGACGGUGACGGGAUGAUUUUUGACAACUACCUUCUUCGACUCGGAGAGGAUGGCGGCCGGCAAGCAGCAAACCUCAUUACCAAUGCGGUCGAUGCUUGGAUGCCAUCGCACGUAGACGGCUACCCAUCGAAUUGUCGCAUUGUUACUCGAGUCUAUGCCAAUGUCAAGGGACUCGCUGACACCUGCACUCGCGCCGGCAUCGUCAGCUCGCCUACCAUCAUCGAAGACUUUGUUCGCGGAUUCACACGCAGUGACGACUAUUUCGACUUUGUUGAUGUCGGCUCUGGCAAGGACCGUGCCGAUGUCAAGCUUAAUGCAUUGCUGAAACUACAUGUGCGGGGCCACCAAUGCCGCCACAUCCUCUUCGGUUGCAGUCAUGACAACGGAUAUGCUCGCAUUUUGGAGAAGUACUCGAUGGACCAACUCGCUCUGCGCGACAUCACACUUCUGGAAGGCGUCCCCUUUGAGAAGGAGCUGGUUCAGUUGCCGCACAACAAGACAAAGUUCCCCGGCAUAUUCCGUGACACCAAGAUCAAUAUUAACGGCAUCGACCUUUUGACGGAGAACACGCGCACGAGACACGAUUCCCGCAGCAGCUUCAACCCAGCCAGCGGUGUUUUCACUCCAUUUUCCCAGACACCAGCCCGGACACCGCCGGCAGUCAGCUCUCGCCUUGGUCCCAGGGUCGGUAGUCCCGCUCUUAGCAUCCCUAUCCGCGAUACGUUGACGCGCUCAAGCUCAGUCACUUCCUCCUCUGCGUUAUCCGAAGCCCCUGCCAAUUCAAAUGGAAACGGCGGUGCCGCGAAUGGCUGGGCAAGCAUAGCAGCAAAGGCGGCCCAUCGUCCUCUGCAGGAAUUACCAAAGCCAGCACCCGAGCCCAAGCUCGUCGGACCGGUUGUCCGACAGAACAAGCUUGAGCAGCGCCUCGAUCCGCACAUGGACUACGACCAUGAUCGCGUGUAUGAGCUGAAGAAGCUGAAGCUUUGCAAUCAGCACUAUAUCGGCCGUGGCUGCUGCCACCAUCAGGCUGGAAACGGUGCAUGUCCUCACAAGCAUGACCAUCCCCUCAGCGCCAAGGAUACCAAAUGGCUCAGAGUUGUCGCUCGAGAGACAGUUUGCAAGAAAGGAACUGCUUGUCUCGAUUUUGACUGCAUUUAUGGCCACCACUGUCCUUAUCCAAAGGCCAACGAAGGCUCUAUGCGCGGCAUUGGUUGCAUCAAUGGCGAUGCAUGUCGCUUUGCCAGAGAAAUGCAUGGCAUGGAUAUGACGGUCGCAAAGACCAUUCAGCAAAGCGAUAUGGACUACAUCUGA